AUGCACGUGUCUCUGGCAGAAGCCUUGCAGGUUCGAGGAGGCCCGCUCCAGGAGGAGGAGGUGUGGGCUGUGCUCAGUCAGAGCGCAGAGAGCCUCCAGGAUCUCUUCCAUAAAGACCCUGCUGCCAUGGCCUUCAUCAUCUCGCCCUGGUCUCUGCUGCUCAUGCCCUCUGGCAAUAUUUCGUUUGCAGACGAGUACGUCACCCAACAAGACUUGAGAGCUUUCACAGCUCCAGAAGUCCUGGAAGGGUCCUCCUUGAAUUCAGUUUCUGACAUAGAAAAGACGCACAUGUAUUCUUUGGGGAUGACUUUAUUCUGGGGUGCAGACUAUGAGAUUCCCCAGAGUCAGCCUAUGAAGCUGGGGGAGCACCUAAACAGUCUACUCCUCAACAUGUGUGAUGAUGUUACAGUAAGUCGAAUGUCGCUGCGCACGGUGCUGGACAUCAGCAGCAAACGCAUCAGAAACUCCAACUGUGACCCUCCCUUCUCCUACGUCAGAAAACUGGUUCGGCUGGUGCUUGGCAGCCUCUCUCAGCUGGAUGGUCUGGUGACAGAUAGAGAGUCCCUUCCAGAGCGAAGUAAGGAGAUUCGAGAAAGAUUGAGGGGCAAAGGUUUGCCAUCUGGGAGGAGUGCCGCCCCCAGGGUUCUGGGUCGCUACAGAGCCAAAAUUCAGGAACAAACGUCUCUUAACCGGGGCCUCAGUCGGUCUAUGGGUGCACUGCCAAUCCAGGAUAUGCUGAAGGGGGAUGAGGGUGCUGUCCCACAAUCCCUGUCUGAUUAUCAGACUAACUCUGAAUCCUCCACAGAAUUCUACUCCAGGACGCCCUCACUGCAGCACGAGCUUUCCUAUCCCUAUAUGCACCCUCUUUACCUCCAGAUGAAGGGCCAGCCUGUGGAAUUGGACCGUAGGUCUUUGCCCUUCUUAAGUGGGGACCGGGGGCCAAGUCAGCCCAGAAAGACCUGGGCUUCCUCUGUGGAUUUGGCUCGCAUUGAUCCAGAAGCACUUCGUUUUGGGGCUUUGGAGGAUGCUCGUAGAGGCAGCAGUGCCUUAAGUACUCGCUCUGUAGGCAGACACAAAAUGCCUUUGUCAACACCCAAGGAGUUGGACUAUGGGUUCUCUGAGUUUGGUGGGCUGCAGAAUAGGAGACCUCAUAACUUCUCAGCCCUGUCUGUUGGCUCUGGACUUCCUGAUGCUUAUGACAGGGUGAAAGAAAGACAAAGAAAACUUGAGGCGCUGCAACAAGCAGUUGAUGACCCUGUCCACACUUACCAAAGGUACCACAGUGAUUACAGCUCAUCCAGUGAAAGCCCCUCAGUGACCUCUGAUCCAGACUACAGACAAGCUAAGAGGCCCGGUGAGGUGGCAAGGUUCGGCUCUCAGCUGGCACUUUCAUCAGAACAUGACCCCCUGUCACUGGCUGGUCACAACCUAAACAGACACAGGCAAAAUGAUGGAACAGCUGAUGAAGGUCUGGUUGGAGCUGAGUUGCUCCUGCAGAGACAAGAGGAGGUGGAGCGGCUCCAGACACACCUGGCCAAAAGGCUGUCCAGGGCCAACUUCCACCCUUCAGAUGAGCCAUCGUUAAUUGACCCCCAAGACCCCUUCAACACUUCCUCUAUAUCGCUUCGCAGAAGCAAGAACUUUCUUGGACCAGAGUUUGUGAAGAUGGCCAGUGAGUCUUGCAUCUCCUUAACCGUGCCCUCUUCAAUAAUGAAGCGUGGAAAGGUGGAAGAAGUGAGGAGGAACGUGGGUGUGGUGCUGCUAAAUGGCCAAAAACUGGAGCUGAGCUGUGACAUCAAGGCAGUUUGUAAAGAUGUUUUUGAUAUGGUGGUGGCUCACAUCGGACUUGUGGAGCACCACCUCUUCGGCCUUGCUUACCUCAAAGAAAAUGAGUUUUUCUUCGUUGAUUCUGAUGCCAAACUCCUUAAAGUGGCCCCAGAUGGAUGGAAGGAGGAUCCUAAGAAAAGACGAUCUGAUGUGCCCUUUACCCUUUUCUUGCGCAUCAAAUUCUUCCUCGAUGAUGUUAACCUCAUACAACAUGCUAUGACUAAACAUCAGUACUACCUGCAGCUGAGGAAGGAUAUCUUAGACGAAAGAAUGCGCUGCAGUACAGAAAAUGCCUUGCUACUGGCUUCACUGGCACUGCAAGCUGAAUUUGGGGACUACCAACCUGAGCUCCAUGGGAAGACUUAUUUCCGACUGGAGCACUACAUGCCAGUGUCUGCAUUGGAUAAGGUGGACCAGACAACCCUUAAGGAAGAACUGCCAAAACUUCACAGCAACUACUACGGAGCAUCAGAUACUGAAGCAGAGUUUGAGUUCCUCAAGGUGGGCCAGAGGCUGACAGAGUAUGGAGUCCAUUUCCACCGAGUCCUUCCAGAGAAGAGGUCUCAGACAGGCAUCAUGCUGGGCGUCUACUCCAAAGGCGUGCACAUUUUUGAAGUCAUUAAUGGAAAUCGUACCCCCGUGCUUAAGUUCCCCUGGAGGGAAACCAAGAAGAUCUCCUUCGUAAAAAAGAAGAUUUGCCUUCAGAACACGUCCGACGAGAUUAAACACCUUUUCCAGACGGACAGCAGCAGGACGUGUCAGUAUCUGCUGCAGAUGUGCACAGAUCAACACAAGUUCAGCUUGCAGACAAAGGCGCGUCAAACCAACCAGGAGCUGCAAGAUCUGGAGAACAACCCUUUGAACAAUCUGCAGUAUUCCCUUGAUCCCACUGCGAGGUCGUUGGCUGCAGGCAACCUGGUCCCCAGCUUAUCGACACGCUCCAACCCGGACCACCUAAAGAGGAUCUCAUACUCAGAGGCGUCCCUAAACAUGGCACCGGCAGGCUCAGUGUUAGUCCACGACACGUUCCACCUUCCAGGUUUCAAUCCUAUCGCCUCCACAGCCUUUGCCAAGCCACGAUUAAUGAGUCGUUCUCACCACAACCUGGCACGGUUGUCCGAGUCCGUGGAGCACCGAAUGGACGAGUCAAACAGCAGGCUGGUCCAGCCACCGUCCAACCAAGUGGGCUCUCAUUUCCAGCAACAUCAGCGAGCCAACUCAGACACGGACUCCCUUGCACAGCAACAAGACAAGUCAUUUGGUGCAGUAUUCAAUAGCAACCCAUCCUGGCACCUCAGCCAGCCUAAAAAGGAAUCAGACUCUCCUUCCAUAAAAGAUGCAGGCCAAGCACAUGUUGUUGGCAUCAGUAUGCACAGUCCCUCUGGUCUGCCUUCAACCCCGACCUCUGUAAAUGAUUCUCUGAAGAAAAAGCUCAAUGAGAUGCCAUCUCCAGAGAGAGAAAUCACAAGUGUAAACCUGAAGAAAGAUGUUAAAUAUGGACUUGGAUUUCAGGUUGUUGGAGGGGAAUAUUCUGGCCGUGCCGACCUCAGUACUAUCAUUAGCUCCAUCACUCCUGGGGGUCCAGCUGAUCUUGAUGGCUGCCUUAAACCUGGUGACCGGCUGAUAUCUGUGAAUGAUUUAAACGUGGACGGACUUUCUCAUGCUGUUACGCUUGAUAUCCUUCAAAAUGUUCCUGAUGAUGUUACUCUGGUAGUGUCACAACCCAAAGAGAGGCUUUAUAAAGAUUCACCACCAGAAUAUGCUUCUCGUCAACCCAUGCCUUCAUUUAAGACACCUAACUGUGCUCAGAGACAAGAACUGAAUGUUGACUCUUCAUCAGAGGAAACGCAAGAAACUGGAAGCCCCAGCCCUCCCCUCCUCAAAGCUGCCACACUGUUAUCUGCCUCCUCUCCUGGGCACCAUAACACCAACUUCAGUUCUCAGGACUCUAAGCUGGGCAGUGCAGCUAAAGCCAGCCAGUCCCCUCUUGACAGAAUCCAGAAAUGUUUGGAAAGAGCUGCAGUGCCUUCUACAGCUGAAACCACGACCCAAAAUCAUGGAAAUGAACUCAAAUUGGGUUUGAAUCCCGUGCCACCGGCUCUGCCGCCUAAAGCUAGAAAAAUUAAACUUGCAGAAAUACCCAAAUUUUCUGAGCUUUCUGACAGGGGAGAUACAGACAUGGAUGAGGACACUUAUUCUAGUUAUCCAGAAAAGCUGAAGGUCAAAAAGGAAAACAUCACGGAAAAUAUAAACGGUAAUGCCCCAGGGGUCAAUGGUCUCCAUCCUGGAGAACUAUUUGACGUUGAGCUGUCCAAAACGGACAGCGGCCUGGGCAUAAAAGUCACGGUACUGUCCGACAAGGGGGGAACCAACACAUCCGUCCGGCAUGGAGGCAUCUACGUCAAAGGCAUUAUACCAAAAGGUGCUGCUGAGCUUGAUGGAAGAAUACAGAAAGGUGAUCGUGUUGUGGCCGUUAAUGGAAAGAGUCUGGAGGGAGCCACUCAUAAGGAGGCGGUCGAUGUCCUCCGAGAGACGGGGCAGACGGUGCAUUUGUUACUGGAGCGGGGUCAUCCUCCUGCGGACAGCACUCAUGCUCCCCUCACCCCUCAAAUCACUGCAAAUCGUGCGGCCAAUGGCCGUGAUCAAACCAAGGAUAAGGUGCAGCCUCCCGAGGCCAGAGAGAAACCAGAGUACAGCUUUGUCACAAAAGAUAACGUGUUUGAGGUGUGCCUGGUGAAGAACACAUCGGGUCUCGGCUUCAGCUUCAGUCGAGAGGAGCACGUUCCCGAUGAACCUCACAGCUCCAGCAUGGUGCGGGUAAAGAAGCUGUUUCCAGGUCAGCCUGCUGCGGAGAGUGGUCGGAUCAAAGUGGGCGACGUCAUCUUACGAGUCAAUCAAACCCACCUCAAAGGACUUUCACAACAUGAGGUCAUAUCAGCCCUGCGAGGAACUGGACAGGAGGUGACAUUGCUCCUCUGUAGACCUGAACAAGGCAUUCUGCGUGAGAUAGACUCCUCAGCCUUGACACCUAAGCCGUCACCCAGAAAGCAGCCUGCAAACCUCCCAGAGCCCAGCUUGAACUUGAGCAGGACUGCUUCUCCUCCACAAGGUCUCGUGAGUCAUGGUUCUGUGGAAAAGGCCCUGGAGAGGGUGCAGCUCAAAUCCCCCGCCCGCCACAACAGCUACAGCGAUAGUUCUGGUGAGGACGAGGAGGUAGAAGAAGCCUUUUCUUUGGAACGCAGCAGGCAAAACUGGGAGCAGAGUGUUUAUCACACCCCUGCUAGCAACCCAGGACUGGGACGCUACGACAGCACUGGUCAACUGGAUAACACCUUCCAGUCAGCUUUUUAUUCUCCAGACCUCUCAAUGACGAGGUCCGACCUAAAUAACAGAUCACCUGUCUCAGAGGACCUGGAGUCACCCUCUCUGACUGGGAUAUCAUCUGCCUGUGGUCCCAGCCCAGACCCCCUCCCCCCUCCGAUGCCGAUGCCUUUAAACUUCACAAUGUCAGACGACAGACGGAACAUGGGAGAAUUCAUCCCAGAGGUGGAGCUAAAAGUCUCUUUGAUGAAGUCGGAGACCGGCAGCCUCGGCUUCACCCUCACCAGAGGAAGUGACCUGGGAUGUUACGUCCAUGACAUCGUCCAGGAUCCGGCCAAAGGAGAUGGAAGACUUAGACCUGGAGACAGGAUGAUUAUGGUGAACAACACGGACGUGAGCAACAUGAACCACACCGAGGUGGUCAGUCUUGUGCGUGCCGCCCCUCGGCUGGUUGAUCUGAUUGUCGGAAGGAUCCUGCAGGCUCCAAACCCCCCCAUAGAAGCCCAUCUGCUGCCUGACAUUUGUUUCAAAAGCAAUGAAGAACCACUGGGAUUGGUCUUAGAUGGUGGUAGUGGCAGUGAUUAUGGAGUCUUAUUUGUGAGAGAUAUUGAACCUGGAUCUCUGGUCUUUAAGGAAGGAAGUCUAAGACCACUCGACUUAAUCCACUACAUUAACGGUGCUCCCACUCAGGACCUGACUCUCAGUGAGAGUAUUAGACUUCUGGAGCUCUCCCUUGACAACUUCUCGCUCAAGGCUACCAGGGAUGGAGAGCCCGUUACUCCUGAACAGAAAGGCGUCUCUUUUCUCAUGGACAGCAAGUUGUCCUCCAACACGAAUGGGUUCCCUAAAGGCUCAAAAGAUAAUGAGGGUCUUGAUGCACUUUGUCCUCCAGAGGAGGAGAUUAUAAAGUUGGACUUGGAGAAGCCGCCAUCAGGAGGUCUGGGUUUCUCUGUAAUCGGUGGGGAGAGGGGGAUCUUUGUCAAAUCCAUCGCACCAGGAGGAGUAGUAGAUACUUCAGGCAAGCUGCAAGUGGGAGACAGGCUGCUGAAGGUGAACGAGGAGCUGAUGAUAGGUGUGUCUCACGCCCAAGCCGUCACCACCAUUCGUAAAAUAAAAGGCCUGGUGCAUCUUAUUGUAUCUAGGCCGCAUGACCAGAACCCAAACACGUACCUGGCCUAUCUACCUAUCAACUCUGAUAAACACAAUGGUAGCACAGAUCUGGGUGAGGACAGUGGAGUGAAGACUAAGCUGUAUGCAGCAAAUAAUGAGCAGAAAUCCAGCAGCAUCCCUGCCAAACCUCCUAGAGACUAUAAAAGUGACCCACAGAAAAGAGAGGCUGAGCAGGCUGCAGAGCUCUCAGAGGACACAGACUGCGAUGGAUCCUCUUUACCGGAAGAUUCUCCUGUGAGUUCAAGGAGAGCAGGAUGGCAGGAGGAGAGUGUUGACACCCCAAGGAAUGAAAACAGCUAUCUGCAGAUGAGUGCUGGGCAGCCAGAAGAAGAUGACGUUACUUGGGGGAGCAAUGAAAUUCCCAUUGAAAUCAUAAACUCAAGAGAUAGUGGACCAAUCAUCACGAAGGACCAGCUGACCUCUCUGCCCCUCGUCAAAGUGGUCCCCCAUGGCCAAUACUCAGGAUCGAAGCUCAACUCUGUGGUCCGCAUGAUGAGGGGGCUUCUGGAGCAGAAAGUCCCACUGCAAGAAUUUGAAAAUCUUCAGAACCUUCAGCCACUGGAUGACUGCUUAAUCGGUCAGACUAAAGAGAACAAGAAGAAGAACCGCUACAAGAACAUUAUUCCCUUUGAUACAACUCGUGUGAUGCUCGGCCAAGACAGAGGUUACAUUAACGCUAACUUCAUUAACAUGCCGGUGAAGGAUGAGAACUUCCUUUACAUCGCCUGCCAGGGACCCUUACCCACCACACUGGCGGACUUCUGGCAAAUGGUCUGGGAGCAGAAGUCCGAUGUGAUUGCUAUGAUGACCCAGGAGGUGGAGGCUGGCAAAGUAAAGUGUCAGCGGUACUGGCCAGACACGCCGAGGUCAGCUGAGAUGGUGGAUGACAGGUUACAGAUUACACUAAUUAAAGAUCAGCAUCUGGACCACUUUAUCAUCCGACUCAUCGAGGUGAAAGACAUCCAGACUAAUGAAAGUCAGCUCGUAACUCAUCUGAACUACACCGGAUGGCCUGACCACGGCACGCCCUCCCAACCUGAACACCUUCUCAUGUUUAUCUCCUUCAUGCGGCACAUUCAUCGAUCGGGGCCGAUCAUCACGCACUGCAGCGCGGGGAUCGGCCGCUCGGGGGCCCUCAUCUGUAUAGACGUGGUUCUGGGCCUCAUCAGUAAAGAUGCAGACUUUGAUAUUUCAGAUGUUGUAAGAAACAUGAGACUCCAGAGACAUGGAAUGGUCCAGACAGAGGAACAGUAUAUUUUCUGCUAUCAAGUCAUCCUCUACGUCCUAAGAUGCCUUCAAGUCGAAGAAAACGUCUCUGGAUAGUACAAACAGCAGUUUGCUGUAAUUUAAAGACAGAUUGACUUUUUUUUGGUUAUAAAGAACAACGCAGAACAAAAUGUUGAUAUGGGCAAGAAUUGCCAAAUGAUGUUUUUUUUUCCUAAAGUUAUUUGGUACCAUACGAAGAAAUCUUUUAAGAAGUUUAUAUUUUUGUUUAUUUUUAAAAACAAUUCUGGCUGCUGCUCCCUUUCUGUGCAUUUUUAAAAGCUGCUGAUUUUACUUAUUGUUACACACAAGAGAAUACUAAGUUGUUUUUCUUUUUGUGAUGUUUUUUUAAAUGAAUAUGAAACGAUCAAUGAUUCCAUUAAUUUUAUGUGGAACUUUUUUGUGUAUUUUGA